CCGGCGGAGAGCAGCCGCGCCUCGCCUCGCCUCGCCUCGCCUGCCUACCUGCGCGGCAGGGCGGCUCCCCGCCGGCUGCCUUAAGCGCCCCGCCCCGCCUCUGCGCCUCCCUCCCUGCCUGCCUCUCUUGCUCCUGCUCCGCCGGGCGGCCGCUUCUCUUCCUCGGCGGCGGCGGCGGCGGAUGGACUUCGACGGGCGGCUGCUGCGACAGGUGGGCGGCUUCGGGCGGCGCGCCCGGCUCCUGGCCGCCGCCUCCUGGCUGCCCACCGUCCCGCUGGCUCUGGGCUUGGCCGCGGGGCUCCUGCUGGCCGCCACCCCGCCGCACCGCUGCCGCCCGGACCCCGCGCUGCUCCCGCCCGCCCCGCGCAACGUCUCGGCGGCGCCCCGCGGGAGCAGCUGCCUCCUCUACCGGCACCCCUCGCCGGCAGGCGCCCUCGAGCCCAACAGCACCGUCUCUUGCACCCGCGGCUGGGAGUACGACUUGCCCGAAGCCGGGCUCCGCUCCACCGUCGUCACGCAGUGGGACCUGGUGUGCUCUCGUCGCUGGCUGGUGCCCCUGGAACAAACCACUUUCCUCCUGGGAUGGCUCAUCGGCUACCUGAGCUUUGGUUCAGCUUGCGACAGGUUUGGCCGGCGGGCCACAUGCCUCUUCUCGCUGGUGCUGUCCAUCCCGCUGGGCCUUGUGGUGAUGCUCUCUGUGGAUUACAUCAUGUUUGCCCUCACGCGGCUGCUCUUUGGAGCUGUGCUGGCUGGCUCUGCUCUCUCCCUCUACGUGGCAAGGCUGGAGUUGUGUGACCCGCCCCACCGCCUGGCGGUCACGAUGGGUGCUGGAUUCUGCUGGGUGGCCGGCGAGCUUCUCUUGCCAGGGCUGGCGGUGGCCUGCAAAGAGUGGCGGAUCCUCCAGGGGGCGAUAGCGCUGCUGCUCGCGCUGCUGGCUGCCGGCUGGUGGUGUCCUUCCCUCUUCCUGGAGUCGGCCCGCUGGCUCCUGGCCACGCAUCAGCUGGAGAAGGGCAAGGAGGUGCUGCGACUGCUAGCCGAGGGCAACGGGGCCUUUCUGGAGGAGGACUUCUACACCCAGGAGCACCUGCUCGGAGAACUGGAGAGACUGUCAGGAGGGCCCCCCCUGCCCCACUACCACAGCAUCUGCAAGCUCUUCAGCACCCGCGUCAUCUGGAAGAACAGCCUGAUUCUUGGCUUCACGGCGUUCAUCGGGAGUGGCAUCCGCCACUGCUUCACCCGCAACCUGGCCCCCUACGCCCCCCGCUUCUACUUCCCCUACUUCCUGCUGGCGGUGAGCGAGGCUGUGGCCCUCCUCUUCCUGUGCCUGACGGUGGACCACUUUGGACGGCGGGCUGUCCUGCUGCUCAGCACCAUCCUGAUGGGCCUCUCCUCGCUGCUGCUGCUGGCCCUGACCCAAUACCUGGUGGCCUGGCUGGUCCUGGCGCUCUCCGUCUUGGGGAUUCUGGCAUCGCAAGCGGUGGCCGCCCUCAGCAUCUUGUUUGCCGGAGAGGUGCUGCCGACUGUCGUCAGGGGCGCUGGGCUGGGCCUCAUCCUGGCCGCCAGCACGGUGGGGCAGGCCGCAGCCCCCCUCACGGGCCUCCGCGACAGCCACGGCUUCUUCCUGAACCACGUGGUCUUUGCCUCCUUCGCCAUCCUGUCGGUGCUGAGCAUCAUGCUCCUCCCCGAGAGCAGCAACCGGCCCCUGCCGGACUCCCUGCGUGAGGGCGAGAACCAGCACCGCCCUCCGCUCUUCCGCUCCACCCGCCGCCGCCGCCGCCACUGCAAGGACCACUUGCCGCUGCUCUCUUCCCCCUCGCAGGCCGGCCCCUAUGACCCCGACAGCUACGCCCGCCUGGUCACGGCCACCAAGAAGAUGCUGGGUGCCCACCCUGGAGCGGCCUCUCGAAGGGGGGCGCCGAUGCUCCCGGACCCCCUGCAGCCUGGCAGCGCUCAGAAGGAGGCCUAGGGGGCAGAGACCACCGGCCCACGGACUGCGUGGUGCUGCUGGGAGUCGUGGAUGGGAGUGGACAGGGCUGGGGCCGGGGUGCUGGGACCCCCACAAGUUCCCUGCAUCCAGUUCCCAGCAGCUGGAGCCAGAAGGCGGCUGCUUCCGGCCUGGAACGCGUUGGUGAUCCCCUCACGUGUCCGUCCCCCCUCCCCGGCUGGGCACCUCUGCAGAAGCGUCCCUGGACCCACCUCUCUCUGCCUGAGCUUCUCUCCCAGGAGGGGGCUUGGCAGGGAACUGCCCCCCCUCCCCGCUGCCUCCUGCGCAGGGCCCCCGUCUAGCGUCUAAUAAAUGGCCGGCCGCCUCCCGCGCUCCA